GCUCGAGGGGGCAGAUUUUGACAGUUUCCUUCUUGAGAUCAUUGCAGGAUCGAUGGGGGCUGAUUUGACGGUUCUUUCUCUUUUGUAUCGUCCCUAUAUUUGGACAGAACAAGCCACGACAUCGGAUGCCUGCGGAGCGCUUUGGCGGCGCCCGAGGAGAUGAAUUGGAUGACGCAGAUCGUGAUGCAGCGGUGCAUCACGGAGUGGCUGCGGCAAGACACCUUGUGGGAGGAGACGAAAGAGGGCGCCUUCAUCUAUCGGUUAAUGUCCCUCUCCCACGACCAGUGGCCAUACCAGAUGGAGAUCGAGGACCCGCUCAACCCCGACAGGCUCCGGGACGAGCUGAAGAUCAUCAGCGAGAACAAGGUGAUGCAGCUGCCCAUGGGUUCCAAACUGCAGAUCUACGCCGCGAAGUACUUGCAGGGGCUGGUCGAGUUCCUCCCCCCGGCUGGUAGGAGGUCAAGGAGUUCGCCACGGUGGGCGGGCACGUCGCCAGGUAGGCUCUGCACCGGCUGCCCUGCGCACUGCCGGGUCCCAGGGAAGCCCGCGCCGCAGCGUGCGGGCCCGCGCCGCGCUCUGCUGUGAGGCGCCCCGGGAGGAGGAGGGCGAUGAGAGCGCAAAGUGGACACGAGGUGGGUGGCGCCUCGUCGCGCUUGGCGGUGUUUUGUAAGCCCUGCCGGCCUCACACGGCGAGGCUCGGGCCUUUGGGGCCGCCGUUCUUUCCGCUCGCUCUAGGCUGCCCUCUUGCAAGAAAACCCUUCCACUUCCUUGUCCUCCUCCCACCUCCUCGCCUUUGGAUCGACCCUCGCCCGGUCCGCGCCACUCAGCCCCGCCGCGCGGCGAUCCCGGCCCCGGCCUUCGCCGGCGCGAAACGCGCGUCGGACGGCCAGACCCGGGCGGGGAAGGUGCAGUUCGCCGUUGUC